AUGUUCGGGCGCACACGGCCAGUAACAGUGCCCACAGACAGGAUCAUCACUUUGCGAUACUGGGAUGAUCUGGAUUACCUCCGUUCUCUUUGCCAUGCCUUCACAAUGCGAUUCGACGACGUGCUAGAUGCAUCCAAACUUGAAGCAGCACUCGGCAGACUAAUGGAAAUUGGAGACUGGGGUCAAAUGGGUGCUCGGCUACGCUUGAAUGUAUAG